CUCUUGAUUUCGAAAAGCAUUGUGGGAUUGGAUGCCGGUGGAAAGCUUCUCGAAGGAACUGCAAAGAUGAUGCCCACACCAGUUAUCCUGCUGAAGGAGGGGACAGACACGUCUCAGGGCAUUCCCCAGCUCGUCAGUAACAUCAAUGCUUGCCAGGUGAUUGCUGAGGCUGUCAGGACCACCCUGGGGCCUCGGGGGAUGGACAAACUGAUGGUGGAUGGCAGAGGUAAGGCCACAAUCUCCAAUGAUGGAGCCACCAUCCUGAAACUGCUGGAUGUGGUUCACCCUGCCGCCAAGACCCUGGUGGACAUCGCUCGCUCCCAGGAUGCUGAGGUCGGAGACGGCACUACCUCCGUCACUCUUCUGGCUGCUGAGUUCCUGAAGCAGCUUAAGUCGUACGUGGAGGAGGGUCUCCACCCACAGACCAUUAUCAGAUCAUUUCGCACUGCCACCCAGCUCGCUGUCAAAAAGAUCAAUGAGAUCGCCGUUUCUGUGAAGAAAUACGACAAGCAGGAGCAGAGGCAGCUGCUGGAGAAGUGUGCAGCCACUGCCCUGAACUCCAAGCUCAUUGCCGGUCAGAAGGAGUUCUUCUCCAAAAUGGUGGUGGAUGCUGUCAUGUCUCUGGACGAGCUCCUCUCUCUUAAGAUGAUUGGCAUCAAGAAGGUCCAGGGAGGAGCCCUUGAGGAUUCCCAAAUGAUCUCUGGGGUUGCGUUCAAGAAGACCUUCUCCUACGCCGGGUUUGAGAUGCAGCCUAAACGCUAUGACAAUCCAAGGAUUGCUUUGCUCAAUGUGGAGCUGGAGCUGAAGGCUGAGAAGGAUAACGCUGAGGUCCGCGUGAAAUCUGUGGAGGACUACCAGGCCAUUGUGGACGCAGAGUGGAACAUCCUGUACGACAAACUGGAGAAGAUCUAUCAGUCAGGAGCCAAAGUGGUUUUGUCCAAAUUACCCAUCGGGGAUGUGGCCACCCAGUUCUUUGCUGACAGAGACCUGUUCUGUGCUGGCAGGGUGCAGGAGGAGGAUAUGAAGAGGACCAUGAUGGCCUGCGGAGGCUCCAUCCAGACCUCAGUAGGUGCCCUGACAGACGAUGUCCUGGGACUGUGUGAACACUUUGAAGAGGUCCAGGUUGGAGGAGAGAGGUACAACUUCUUUAAGGGCUGUCCAAAGGCCAAGACCUGCACCAUCAUCCUGAGGGGCGGAGCAGAACAGUUCACAGAGGAAACGGAGCGAUCACUGCACGAUGCCAUCAUGAUCGUACGCCGAGCCAUCAAGAGCGACUCCAUUGUAGCGGGUGGAGGAGCCAUAGAGAUGGAGCUGUCCAAGUACCUGCGGGAUUAUUCCAGGACCAUCCCUGGGAAACAGCAGCUGCUGAUCGGAGCGUACGCCAAGGCCCUGGAGAUCAUCCCCAGACAGCUGUGUGACAACGCCGGCUUUGAUGCUACCAACAUUCUGAACAAACUGCGUGCCAAACACGCACAGGGUGGUAUGUGGUACGGUGUAGACAUCAACAACGAGGACAUCGCAGACAACUAUGUUGCCUGCGUCUGGGAACCAUCCAUUGUGAGGAUCAAUGCUCUGACAGCGGCGUCAGAGGCAGCCUGCCUCAUCCUGUCAGUGGAUGAGACCAUCAAGAACCCACGCAGCAGUAUGGAUGGACCUCCUGGUGGUGGCCGGGGCCGAGGCCGCGGCAGACCCCAUGCUCACUAAGAGAAGCAAGACCAAAACCACAUUUUAAACAGGCAUUAAAAUCCAAAUGCAGGAACGGGAUUGAUCUACACAUGGAUGCAGAGAUUGUGUUGCUAAAAGUUUGGCAUGUUUGAUCUGCAUUUGGAUUUGAAUUCUGGAUAAAAUUAGGCGUUCUAACAGUCAGAUAUGUUGCAAGUGUAGUGAAACAAA